AUGUCUUCUACCGGCAAACCGCAGCUCCUACAGGGAGUCUUGGCCAUCCACAAGCCCAUAGGCAUCUCCUCCGCCCAGGUCCUCCGCGACGUCGAAGAGCACUUCAACCCGUCCGCGCUCUUCCGCCCGCUCCUCGAUGCCGAGCGCGCCGCCGUCGCGCAGGAAAAGAGCCAGAAAGGCUCGCAAUACCGGCGCAAGCGCGGGCCCAACCGCACGCAGCGCGUGAAGCUCGGCCACGGCGGCACGCUCGACCCGCUGGCGACGGGCGUGCUGAUCGCGGGCGUCGGCAGCGGCACCAAGGCCCUCGGCCGCUACCUCGGCGGCUGCCAGAAGACGUACGAGUCGGCGGUCCUGUUUGGCUGCGCCGCCGACACCUACGACAACACGGGCAAGAUCAUGGGGCGCGCGCCGCACGCGCACGUCACGCGCGAGGCCGUCGAGAAGGCGCUGGACGCAUUCAAGGGCGACAUCAUGCAGAAGCCGCCCGUGUACUCGGCCAUCAAGUUCAACGGCAAGAAGGCGUACGAGAUUAUGCGUGAGGGCGGGGCGCCGCCGAAGAUGGAGGAGAGACCAGUCACGGUGUAUAAGCUCGAGUUGGUGGAUUGGUUCGAGCCGGGUACGCACAGCUGGCGGUAUCCCAAGGAGGAGAUGGAGGCGACGAAGGAGGAGAAAGAGGCUGCGCUCAAGGCGUCCGCGCCGAACGCCAAGGCGGAAGAUGCGGCAGCGGCCGCCACCGCGGCAGGCGAAAAGAGGAAACGGGAUGAGGGUGGUGAUUCGGCUGAGGAGAUACCCGAGAAGAAGACCAAGACAGAGGUAGGAGCGGAGCAGCCCGCAGACGCCACCACUGUCGACGAGACCAAGGACGCGUCCGCAAAGGCGCCCACUGAGGAGGAAUCAGCCGCUACGCUUUCGGAGGACGGGGCAAAUGCUCCCGCCGCCCUGAUCCGCAUGACCGUCUCCUCCGGCUUCUACGUCCGCACGCUCUGCCACGACCUCGGCGCCGCCGUCGGCAGCUUGGCCUGCAUGACAUCCCUUGUCCGCACGGAACAAGGCGAUUUCGAGCUGGGGAAGAACGUACUUGAGUACGAGGACCUGCAGGCCGGCGAGGAUGUCUGGGGACCGAAGGUCAAGACUUUGCUGGAGGAGUGGACGGCGAGGCAACAAAAGGAGCAGAAAGCCGAACAGCCAGCGCAGGCGCGGCCAAAGUCGCCGGAGAAGAGGGAACGGUCAAAUUCGCCAGUGAAGACCAUGAAGGAGGCGAAGGAAGAUGAUGUCCCAGAGAUGGACUGA